AUGAUAAUGGUUGAGUCAGUUGUGUCCUUUACAAUUGAAAGGCUCGCUGACCUCCUAAUUGAAGAGGCCAGUUUGUUACGCGGCGUAAGUGGCCAAAUCAAAAAAUUACAGACUGAACUAAAGAGGAUGCAAUGCUUCUUAAGAGACGCCGAGAGAAAGCAAAAUGAACGUGGUGAGAUUAUAAAGAAUUGGAUAUCAGAUAUCAGAAAAUUAUCUUAUGAUGCAGAGGAUGUGAUUGAAAGUUAUGCCUUCAGCGUUUCAGUUUCGAGCGCAAUGAUUUCUUUCUCUAAACUAAAACAUGUUCACGAGGUUGGAAAAAAGAUUUUAUCUAUUAACUAUCAAGUAGCUGACCUUACAAGAAGUUUACAAACCUAUGGUUUGACUGCAACAACAAGAGACAAUGAAGAAUCACACUUUGUGUUCGAGACACAAAAGCAAUUGCGAUGGUCUUAUUCUCAUGCAGUUGAAGAGUUCAUCGUAGGGUUGGACGCGGACAUAAAGGAUAUAGUGGAAUGGCUAGUAAAUCAAGAUCGAAAUUGUCGAGUGGUUUAUAUUUGCGGAAUGGGCGGUCUAGGUAAAACAACACUUGCUAAAACUGUUUAUCACUAUAAUUCCAUUAGGCGGCAUUUUGAGGGUUUUGCUUGGGCUUACAUAUCUCAGAAAUGCAACAGAAGAGAGGUUUGGGAGGGUAUUUUACUUCAGCUUACUACUUCUUCUUCCAAAGAAGAGAGGGAUGAGAUUCGGAACAUGAGAGACGAAGAACUCGCUGAAACGCUGUACAAAGUUCAACAAGAGAAAAAGUGUUUGAUCGUCUUGGAUGACAUAUGGAGCAAUGAGACUUGGGAUAUUUUAAGCCCAGCUUUACCGUCGGAAAAUACAAAGAGUAAGAUAGUUUUUACAUCACGCAAUAAAUCAAUCUCGUCGCAUGUGGAUCCCAAAGGCCUGCUUCAUGAACCAGGGUUCUUAAAUGCAGAAGAUAGUUGGGCGUUGUUUCAGAAGAAAACUUUUCCGUCAAAAGAUGAUCCAGAAUUCACAAUCUGCAAUGAGUUUGAAAGAUUAGGCAGAGAUAUGGUUGCAAAAUGUUCUGGCCUGCCUUUGGCUAUCAUUGUUCUUGGAGGUCUUUUGGCUACAAAGGAAACAGUCAAUGAAUGGGAGAUGAUACAUAAACAUAUAACCUCAUACCUAAUAAGAGGAGAAGAUGUACUUGAAAGGCAAUCGAGAAUAACCGAGGUUUUGGACUUGAGUUACCAUGACUUGCCUUAUCAACUGAAACCGUGUUUUCUCUAUUUAAGUCAAUUUCCAGAAGACUUUGAGAUACCAAAAAAUAAGUUAAUUCAGUUGUGGAUGGCAGAAGGUUUUGUUUCAUCUCAUUACGAGAUUGGAAGGGAUGAAACAAUGGAAGAUAUCGCCGAGCGUUACCUAGGUAGCUUGAUUAGCCGUUGCAUGGUACAAGUUGGUCAGAUAGGGUCGACCGGAAAGAUUAAGACUUUCCGACUGCAUGAUUUAAUGCGCGAUAUGUGUUUGUCAAAGGCUAGAAAGGAACAUUUUCUCUGUGUUAUCGGUAGACCGCAACAAAAGAGUAGUGGCAUUAGUAAUGUAUCAUCAUCAUCGAAUAUAUCAUUUGAUGCAAGAAAAAGCGAUGAAGUACGUCGGCUAGCUUUUUUCUUGGAUCAACAUGUUGAUAACUUGAGUCCACCUGAUGAGCAAGUGAAUCAACACCUCAGAUCACUUGUAUAUUUCCAUGAUAAGAAAUGCAGAGUUGAAAGCUGGAAGCGAGUUAAAGCUGUUUUUGAGAACUUCAAACUACUUAGAGUUCUUGAUCUCGAAGGAGUUAAGGGACCAAAGGGACAAAUCUUGCCUAAAGAAGUUGGAAAUCUCUUUUGGUUGAAGUUUUUGAGUCUGAAAAGAACUUGUAUACAAAUUCUUCCACCAUCAUUAGGCAAAUUGGAAAAUCUGCAGAGCCUAAAUUUGCAAACUAUCAAUAAAGUAAGUUGGGAUUCAACCGUAGAAAUUCCUAACAUUCUAUGGAAGUUGAAACGUUUGAGACAUUUAUAUCUUCCAAAUUGGUGUGAAAAUGUUUCUGGCAUCCUUCAACUUGAAAAUCUGAUCAACUUACGGACACUAGUAAACUUUCCGGCUAGUAGAUGUGAUGUAAAAGAUUUGUUAAAACUGAAAAAGCUCAAAAAGUUAGUACUGAACGAUCCAAGAUACUUUCAGAACUUCGCCGAAAGUUUCAGUUUAUGUAACAAAAAGCUGGAAUACCUGGAAUCACUGUCCUUAAAAACCGAUUUGCUUUCAUUCCCUGAUCAAGUGAUUGAUGUCGAAAAGUUGGUGUUAGGCUGUCCUUCACUUCACAAACUGCAUGUAGAAGGGAGACUGGAAAGGCUUCCCGAUGCUCGAUUAUUUCCUCCACAACUUUCGAAGCUAACUUUAUCGGGUUGUAAGCUUGUUGAAGAUCCAAUGGUAACAUUGGAAAAGCUUCCUAAUUUGAAGUACCUAAGUGUUUGGGAAAUGUUUGUUGGAAAGAAAAUGGUCUGUUCGUCGAAUGGUUUUCCUAAACUGAAAAUUCUAGCGAUCCGCGGCUUUUCGAAUUUAGAAGAGUGGGUGGUAGAGGAUCAAUCCAUGCCUUGUCUCUACAGAUUGAGUAUAUCUGAUUGCAACAAGUUGAAGAGUGUUCCUGAUGGACUAAAAUUUGUUGAUGGUUUGAGGGAGUUAGAGAUCAGAUGGAUGCCGAAAUCGUUCAAGAAUAGGCUUGGAGUUGCUGGAGAGGAUUACCACAAAGUCCAACAUGUUCCAUCUGUUGUGUUUUUCAACUAG